AGACCUUCUGUUUCCUGAAUCUCAGCUGAAGAUGAAUUCUUGUGAAACAGAAAUGGCUAUAAGAGGAGAAGGCAAAUGCUCCAAAGGUUUUCUUCCUCCCUUUCUCCCUGCUAACAGCAUCAACAAUACCCGAAGGAUAAGGAAAGGAGCACUGGACAGGAGGAGAGGUCCUGGAUGAAAGGCAUCCAGCCAGUAAGACUUAAAAAGCAUGUGAUGAGAGAAAGCUUUGCUUUGAAUUCAUUUAGCCUGAUUCGAGAAAACACAGAGCCCUGCCUUCAUUGAGACCACGCCGGAUAUGCUGAUAGUCCACAUUCUGCUGUCUGAAGAAAGAACCAGGACCAUGAGGAGUUUCCUUGUCCGGGCUUGGAUUCUUUUGCCAGGCUGUUGGGCUCUGACUGGCCCUGGGGAGGUGAGCGGCCCCGUGGGAGGGUCGGUGUCUGUGCAGUGCCAGUACAACGAGGCGUACCAGAACUAUAAGAAAUACUGGUGCAGAGGAGAAAUGUGGAUAUCCUGCUCCAUAGCUGUUCAGACCAACAGUUCAGAGGCAGAGGUGGCAGGGGACAGAGUCUCCAUCCAAGACAAUCACACGCAGUGCACGUUCACUGUGACCAUGGAGAACCUGGCACUGGGCGACCAGGAUGUUUACUGGUGCGGGAUAGAGAAGAGCGGCUUUGACUGCAUGGUCUCUGUCAAUGUGUGUGUUUUCCCAGCUGUUCCUACCUCACCGCCAACGACGCCAGAAAAGGACCUGACCGUUGCCACCUCCCCAUGGACUGUUCCUGAAGUGGAAAAAUCCACCUCCUCCUUUAACAGUAGCGAUGCUCCUGACGGUAUACCAAACCUCGUCCUCCAUAUCCUGAUCCCAUCCGUCCUGCUGGUUCUAUCUUUGAUUGUGUUCAUUGCUGUAAAGUUUAGAAGAGCAUCACAGAGGAAGAGCGAAGCCCUUGCGGACACACCAGGACAAAAGGAUAAGAACGUCUAUCUCUAUAACAAGAAUCCUGGGCACACCCUUCCCUUCAGUGCAUCAGAUCCUGCUGCCACAGGCCAGACGGCAACCUUUAUGAACAAGCAGCACCUGCCCUGCUCAGCCGAUCCAGCGUCCGACUAUGAAAACGUCCCGCUGAGGAAUCAGGUUUCAGGAGGGAGAGAAGCAGUUUCUUCUGGCCCAGAGCACUGCUCAGCCACAGAUCAGGAAGACACCUACGUCAAUAUGUGCCCAAUCACACCCCGUCCCCCCAUGAUUUGUCGUCAAGCAAAGUGUGGGAGAAAAGCUGCAGGCUGAAGCCCUUCCUACUUACAGGACAUUUAACAGUUCGUCCUUAUUUUCCUACUGUCCCAUGAAAGCUUCCAGACGGGCAUUCCCUCUGCCCUGCUUCUGCUGAGCAAUCUGCCAACAGCAAGAUGUGGUGGGGAGGUCCCACUUCCAGCAUGACUGUCUUCAGAAAUGUACUGGGGGACAACAGCUACUACAAAAUGCUUCUCUUUUCCUGGACAUCAGCUUGAAAUAGCACAAAGGCUGGUGGCUCCGGUUCCUGGAGGGCUGGAGGUAUUCCUCUGGUGCUUGUUGUGGCAUCUCUCUGCUCCAAUGCCAAAUAAUUGCUGUCAAGGUUCCUUCCCCACUCUGAACUCCAGGGUACAGAUGUGGGGACCUGCAUGAAAACCCGCUAAGCUUAUUUUUACCAGCUUAGGUUAAAACUUCCCCAAGGUACAAACUAUUUUACUUUUUGCCCUUGGAAUUUAUUGCUGCCACCACCAAGUGUCUAACAGAUAUUUAACUGGGAAAGAGCCCGCUUGGAAAUGUCUUUCCCCCCAAAAUCCUCCCCAAACCCUACACCCCCUUUCCUGGGGAAGACUUGAUAAAAAUCCUCAUCAAUUUGCAUAGGUGAACACAGACCCAAACCCUUGGAUCUUAAGAACAAUGAAAAAGCAAUCAGGUUCUUAAAAGAAGAAUUUUAAUUGAAGAAAAAAAGUAAAAGAAUCACCUCUGUAAAAUCAGGAUGGUAAAUACCUUACAGGGUAAUCAGAUUCAAAACACAGAGAAUCCCUCGAGGCAAAACCUUAAGUUAC